AUGGCCAUUCGGAACAUGAAGUUCACUCCCGAGGUCCUGCUCGGAGCACCCAGACGGUCCUCAGCCAUCCCCAAUGCGGCCGGCACCCUAGCAGUCUAUACGCAGACAUCCUACUCCUUCGAGUCUCAUUCCAAGACCAAUGAAAUCCGCGUUAUCGAUAUCAGCUCCGGCCGCUCUGCCCUUAUCACCAACGACCCCGGCGUCAGUAACCCACAGUGGGUGGACGACAGCGACAAACUUGUCUGGCUAAAGACCAAGGGCAAUGGCAAUACAAGCUUCGUCGUCGGCGAUGCCCGCCAGGCCGAUGAAACAUACACCGCAGGGACUGUCCCAGGCCCCGUAUCGGACCUGAAGGUGGUCCUUCUGGAGCCAGGAAAGGUAGGCUUCGCCGUGACAGGCAAGGCCAACACAGACGGAUCGCUGUACAAUCCCCAUGAUGCGAAGAAGCCCCAUACAACCGGUAAACUUUACACAUCUCUCUUUGUUAGACACUGGGACUCGUAUGUCGAGCCCCAGAAGAACACUAUCUUCUAUGGCUUGUUGGAACAGGCUCCUCUGUCACCGGCCCGUCGACGGGCUGGGAAGUACUCGAUCUCGGGCCUCACGAACUUGAUCGCGGUCUCGGGACUGGUGGGCGUUGAGUCGCCGAUUCCGCCUUUCGGUGGUACUGGGGACUUUGAUAUUAGUCCGUCGGCUAUUGUCUUUAUAUCGAAAGAUCCUAACUUGAACCCCGCGACUCAUACCUCCUGCUCGUGCUACUACGCUCCCAUGUUCUCGUGGACUAGCAUGAGUGAGCCCGAACCGAAGAUUUGCAAGGUUACCGGUCUUCAGGGAGCGAUGUCGUCUCCUGUCCUUAGCUCAGACGGUAGCUCUCUUGCCGUUCUGGCGAUGCGCGAGGAUGGGUAUGAGUCUGAUAAGAACCGUAUCCUGUACGUUCCCAACCCGUGGAAUGGAGAUAUGAUCGAAAUUUUCCAGUCGGACGAUGGCGAAGGACUCUGGGAUCUCAGUCCCUCGGCCGUGUCGUUUGCUCAUGAUGACAAGUCGCUGUUCCUUCACGUCGAGGAGGUUGGCCGCGGAGUUCUUUACCAGCUGCCGUUAGAAAAUGUGCACACAAUCAAGCCCGACUCUCUAAAGAGACUGACCAGGUCGGGAUACGUGAACGAUGCUGUUCCCGCAGCUGCCAAAUCCCCCAAGCUGUUCGUGUCUAGCAGCAGCCUGGUCGAUAACAGCCUGUGGACCAUCAUCGACCCGGCUCACCCAGAUGAUGUCCAAAUGGUAUCCUCAAACGGACGGGGCGGCAGUGCAUUCGGCUUGUCCUCGUCCCAGGUCGAUGAGAUCUGGUUCAAGGGAGCCGAAGACCACCCUGUCCACGCGUGGGUCGUGAAGCCGUCCGACUUUAAACCCGGGAGCAAAUACCCGCUUGCGUAUUUGAUCCACGGUGGACCGCAGGGCGCAUGGAAUGAUCAGUGGAGCACGCGCUGGAACCCCGCUGUUUUCGCCGAACAGGGUUACGUCGUGAUCACCCCCAACCCAACAGGCAGUACUGGCUACGGGCAGCCCUUCACCGACGGAAUUCAGGGACAAUGGGGCGGUCGGCCCUACGAGGACCUGGUCAGGGGAUUCGACUAUAUCGAGCAUCACCUAAAUUACGUCGACAUUACGCGCGCGGUUGCACUGGGCGCCUCGUACGGCGGCUACAUGAUGAACUGGAUGCAAGGCAAUCUGCUCGGGCGCAAGUUCAAGGCGUUAGUCACCCACGACGGAGUGUUUAGUAUGACCUCCCAGAUGGCUAGUGAAGAGCAAUACUUCCCUCUGCACGACCUGAAAGGGCCGAUCUGGAAGGUGCCCGAGAACUGGGCGAAGUGGGAUCCGUCGCGGUUCACGGAACACUGGCAAACGCCUCAUCUGAUUAUUCACAACGAGCUGGAUUACCGUCUGACCAUCGCAGAGGGUCUGGCUGCGUUUAAUGUGCUCCAGAUGCGUGGCAUCGAUAGUGCGUUCCUGACAUUCCCUGACGAGAAUCAUUGGGUUCUGAACCCCGAAAACUCGCUCAUGUGGCACCGGACCGUUUUGAACUGGAUUAACAAGUACGUGGGCCUCCCGGCUGUGUCAGAGGAACCCGAUCUGUCACGCGGAGUGGGCAGUCUGUCGCUGUGA